CCACAGUAAGUCGUGUGCUACCAAUCAUACGUCUGUAUUUUACAGGAAGAGUAUACAAAAAUCGCAGUUAACAUGAGGACUGUAGUGCUUUUGUUAGUCUUCCUCUGGGGCAUAUCGGCACAAGAUAAGUGUAACUCUCGUCAGGAGGAAUAUGGUUUAGUAUGUGUCUGUGACGCAUCCUACUGUGAUCAGCCAGGCAUCAUCGACUUCCCGGAAGACGGUAGCUUCACCGUCGUCACUACUAGUGAGGAAGGUCUCAGGUUCGACGUGGAAACUUUUCCUGUCUCCAGCGAAGAAACCCCUGAUGCUGUUGUGGUAAGUCUUGACCGGGAAGACGUGUACCAAACCAUUAUCGGCUUUGGGGGCGCCUUCACAGACGCCACAGGUCUCAACGUAGUCGGUCUUCCCAGCGAAGCUCAGGAGCACUUCCUUAGAUCCUACUUCGCUCCUGAAGGGAUUGGAUACAACUUAUGUCGUAUCCCUAUUGCUGGCUGCGACUUCUCCACCAGACCAUAUUCCUACGACGACGUUGAAGGAGACGUCGACCUUGUACAUUGGAACCUAACUGAGGAUGAUUACAAUUAUAAACUUCCCCUGAUCAAGCGAGCUAAGGAGUUGUCACCUUACCAAAUAAAGUUGUUCGGCUCUCCCUGGUCCUCCCCGACGUGGAUGAAGACUAACGGCAUGUUUAAUGGCUCAGGAAUACUAUUAAAGGAGAUGUGGCAGCCUUGGGCCAACUACAUCGUCAAGUAAGAGGUUUAUUGAGUGUUGUUGGUAGUCAUCUCCUAAAUAAUGAUGAAUGUUGGUGCACCAGAAUAUUGCCUCGCUCUCUCUCAGUUCGUGUACUGUUGUUUAUUUCGUUAUUAGAGAAAGGAGGGUCGAGGCUAAACUACUUUUUACGCUGAAUUACCCACAUAGGAUUAGCGCUUCACAUAAUUCAUGUUUAUGAUAAUAUAUAUCUCGUCAGCCUAAUAUGAUACAGAUUGAAGUAAAUCCCAACCAUUGCUGGUGUCUGGUUUGCAUUAUGGUUUGGUGAGUCAUAUGGUUUAAAAUCCUUAAAAUCCCCGAUAUUUUAGCACGCCUUCCAAGAAGCCCGCCAAAAUUCCGGGACGCUUCAAAAUAUGAGGCGCCCAGUACAACUGGUCAUGUCACACCUGAUGCGAGGAUAUACGUAGACGUAAAAGCUACAGGUCAGGGCCACGGCCGUAUGUGCUCGCAUCAAAGGUGACGUGUCCAGUGGUAAUGGGCACCUGAUGUUUUGAAGCACUGAUGGCCGAGUGGACGAAAGCGUCUCGGAAUUUUGGCGGGAUUUUUGGGAAGUAUCCUAAAAUAUCGAGGGUUCGAUCUCCGGCUUGUC